AUGGUGAUCGAAUCAUCAGAAGAGACCGUUUCUGAUUCCAAUGAUAAAAAAUCUAGUCGAGCUAUUGUUCUGCAUACUUCCGAAGAACAAGUAAAUUCAGAUGAUGAUUUUGUUGAUCCACAACCAAGAGUUAACCCGACAAAAAAUCAAAAGAAGGAAAAGGCAGAAUCAAAACCAAAGAGAUCAAUGAGGAAAGAUAAAACAAAAGAACAACCAGAACAACAACCAUAUUACGAUUACGACGGAAAAAAAAUCAACAUAAGAUGUGCAGUCAAUAAUCUAAAAGAUUAUAUUGAAGGUUUGUCAAAAGAGCAAAGGAAUGUUGUUAAAGAAAUAGGGUUUGAGAGCAUACUAAAAUUCAAUCUGCAUUCAGUUCCACGCAAAUUCGGAUAUUGGCUGGUAAAAAACUUUGAUGCUGAAAAUGAUGAGAUAAAUACCGGAGAUGAAAGGAUUAAGAUCACAGCUGAAUUUAUCCAAAAGGUACUUCAAAUACCAAAUGGAAAAACAGAGAUUGAGGAAAAACUGAGACCAAAAGACACUGAUCUUAUAAUUAAAUUCUGGCGCGGUCAAUUCAGCAAAGAUAUCUUGAAGAGAAUGCGUACAAGAAGACAAUGGCCUGGAAAUGAGAAGCUCUUCAAUGGACCUAUUGCAUUGUUAGCGAUACUAUAUGCUUACAAAAAACAAGGAUUUGACAAUGCUGAAAACACUGAAGAGUUCUCUCUUGAUAAAAUUGACUCUACAACAUUACAAGAAUUUGAAGAUGAAUUGGAAAUUGCUGCGCAAAAUGAGGGGAGAUGUCUUGUAAUGGAUAAAAAGAAAAAAGUCAGAAAGAAUAAACAAAAAAAGAAAGAUGAAAAUGAUGAAUUUUAUGUUUAUCCAACUGAAUCCGAGAAUGAAAACGAAGAAAUUUUUGAAAAUGAAUCUGAAGAAAAUGAUGAAGACGAUGCUGAAGAACAACCAAUCACAUUACUUAAAGGUGCAACAGACUGGAUUGAUCAAGAGAAUCAAGAAAAUGUUCAAAACAGCCCAAUUAAAACCAAUGAAACUGAGAAAACACAAACAGAAAGUGGAGGAUCAUGGGGGCAAUUCUUCAUUAAACCAUCAAUAGGAAAUAAAGAUAAAAUGUGGGUAGACAGUCAAAGCCGACUGCGUAAUUUCAUGCCAUCACAAAAUCAAAGUGAAGUCUUUUUGACAUUCAUUCAACAAAAAGUGGCGAUGAAAAUAUGA